CUUCACAAGUGUACAACAUGGACUGGAAGAGUAUUCAUUAUAAGGAACUGGUCAAGCCCCUGGUGUUCCCUCAGAGGAGGGACAGUAUGUUUGUAGAGAAUUCUGAUUCAGGGGAGGACAGUACAAACAAACAGGGAAGGAUUGAGGAGCAGAUUAACAUUGAGACAUUGGAACAGCUGAAGCUGGCCUUCGCGGAGGCUGAUGCCAACCAAUCAGGACAGCUGGAUUUGGAGGAGUUCAAGGCCCUCCUCAAAACGAGGCUCUACAUCAAAGGCAACAAAGAGAACCAGAUAGAUGCCCUGUUUAUGAAGAUUGACUGGUCCUCAGAAGGGGUGAUUUCCUGGGAUGAGUUCUGUACCUACAUGCAGCUAGAGUAUGCUGAAAAAGAGGACUCGUACCUACGAUCCAAAGAAGUCAACUUCCACCUACCCGCCAAGAUACAAAAUCCGCAGCAUAAGAACCCCAUCCUGAAAAUCACGGACACACAGGAUGGAACAUUCAUAGCAUGUAGUCAGGAUGGAAUGGUGACUUUCUGGGGAGCUAAUGUUGAACUAAAAGAAACCAAAUAUGUUGUGAACACUGAGGCUAAGAAUAAACAGAAGACUAAAUGGAUCACAGAUUUUGUCAUCAUGGCCCAGUGGAAGAAGGUGCUAGUGGGAACAGGAGACAGAGAGAUCCAGUUCUUUGACUCCUCUUCAUACAAGCCCUAUUGUCAAAUCAGUAGUCUGGAAACGGUGCCAUUAAAACUCGAUUAUUGUGCCACUGGAUCAGAUGAAUGUUUGAUUUUGUUUGGGGACAGUGAUGGGUGUAUCAACAUACUAGUCAUAAACUCUGUCGGGGAAUGUCUCAGGACCUGGAAUAAACUGCCCAGUAAGGAAGGAUUUAUUGCCGAGAUCAGUCUGUCGGACGCCAUCUCAAAAUCCAAGAUCCAGUUUAUCCGAUGGAAAGUCCAUGGGGAUUGGGUACAACAGUUGAAGUAUUACCAUGAGAUAGGCCAAGUUAUAUCCUGUUCUAAUCAUCAGGAAACAGCAUUAGUUAUAGGUUGUACCACUGGGAGCACCAGAGUAGAUCAGGGAGGUAACUCUUACACGGAGAAAGCGAAGAAGACCAAUGCUAAACUCAGGCUUGACGCUGACCAGAAAGUGUUCUAUGUUUACAAGGGAGUCAAGUGUUUUGACUUUUCUAAAGAUAAAAACAUCAUCGUAACCGGAGGCAUGGAUAGAAUAGUCCGUCUGUGGAAUCCCUACGUCUCAGAUAAACCCACUGCCAUGCUACGAGGACAUAAUGCUCCAAUAUUUUACCUGUUUAUAGCCAAUGAUGAGAAUCGUGUGUUCAGUUUAUCAACAGAUAAAUGCAUCAAGGUGUGGGACAUUUUAGAUCAUAAUUGUCUACUGACUGUCCGACCAAAAGGUCACAAAAUCCGCGGCGAUCUCCAGGCCUGCCAUUAUUCCAGUGCUGCCAAGAGUAUGGCCAUAGCAACAGAUCAAAUGGCCAUUCUCAACCUCAAACAAAAACCAACAAAGCAUGCAGAUAUUACAAUCACUCACAAAGAACCGGUCACCUGUGUACGAUACAAUCCUAGUUUUAAACAAGUCAUCACAUGCUCAGAAAGUUCUGUAAUCAAGCUGUGGGACCUGGAGACAGGAACCCCCAUCUUUGAGUAUGGCGAUGCCCACGGAGAUUCAGCCAUUACCUGUAUGACCUUUGACAACACAGGAAGAAGGUUAAUUACAGGUGGUAGAGAUGGGAUCCUCAAAAUCUGGAACUAUAACAAUGGGCACUGCCUGAAAGUUCUCAAGAAAGAGGAAGAAAACGAUGAGAUUUGUGACAUCACAUAUGUAGAGAUGAACAGAAAUAGAUAUGUAGUAUCUGUUGGCUGGGACAAAAGAAUCAACAUUUACUCGGAUUCCGUCACUGAUGUCAACAUCCAUCAUGUACAACAUCCCAAUCCAAACUGGUCCGAUGAUUUAAAGGACGGUCAUAAGGAGGAUAUAUUAUCUGUGGCCCAGUGUCCCCCCAAUCUGCUGGCAACCUCGGGGUAUGAUGGGGAAAUCAUCGUGUGGAACAUGGUGUCUGGUCACAUCUUCUGUCAUUUAUCUGCCCCGGUACCUAGUAAUUACGAGGAUCAAUCGCUGGACGGGGAUCUGAGUAUCAAUAAGCUGCUGUUUAUACAAAGUCGGGCCUACAAUAAGGACUCCGCCUCUCUUAUUGCCAGCGGACCCCGCGCUCACAUCCACUUCUGGAAUGUCUUUCAGGGAGGAACUCUCAUGGCACAGUUCCCAGGGUCCACGACUAAGGGCGCUAUGAUCAGCACGAUGGCCAUCACGGACACGUCGGAUGGAAAUGAGGAUGAAAUCAUGCUGAUCGUAGGCGACAGCUAUGGCUUCCUCUUCCUGUUUGACAUCUCUGGUUAUUGUCUGAUGGCAUCCGAGGAGGAUCCUCCAGAAUUGAUUCACAGUUGGCGUGGUCAUAUAGACAGUAUAACUUGUAUGGAGCUGGUGGAGAAACACAAACUUCUGAUGACCGCUUCCACGGACUGUACAGUACGACUGUGGAACUUUGACGGGGACUACAUCGGCACGUUUGGUCAGCCGGAUCCCUGGGAUAUUUAUAAACCGUCGACUUAUCGUCACCCCAUGGUUCCAUACGACGUGCUAAUUGAUCCCAUGAGUCUUCCGUCGCACCCCGUGAUUGAAGAGAAAAAGAAUACUCAACAGAUUAUCCACGAAGGAGAAAAUGGGCAUUUGAAGACUCCCCAGUUUACAUUUAAGAAAGAACAAUUUUACAUUGAUGAUGAAACAAUAGCUAAGGAACUUCACAAACUCCAGAGCAUCCUGAAGGAUGAAUCUCUCACAGAAGAACAAGCUAAAGCCUACAAAGGAAAAUGGUUACGCCAUGAGAAAACUAAAAUAAAGGAGAUAGAUAGAGGAGGUCCCAUUUUCUUUGUUGCUGAUGUGUGGACUGUGUGCCCAGUGAAGUGGACAGAACAUAAUGGAAACUGUUAUUUUUUUUCAACACAAGCUUACAGAUAUAAUGAAGCUGACAUUUUAUGUAGUUCUCGGAAUUCCACCCUCGCUAUCCUUAAAAAUAAUGAUGACUGGGCUUGGCUUAGGAGCCAGCUAAAGACUCUACAGUCAGACAUCUACUGGAUUGGGUUAAGGGUUUCCAACAGAACCUGGACUUGGUUAGAUGGCACUACAUAUAAUGCAACAAAUGUACACUGGUUAUCAGACAAAGAACCAAGUGUAACAAAUGCUAGAGCUAGCUGUGCCGCUAUGAUGUCGUAUUCCGGGAAUUAUGGGAGAGUGUAUGCACGAUAUUGUUUGGAGUCACGUCGUGUUAUUUGUGAAAAGCCAAAUGAUUCCUUUGAGCUGUGUGACUCCAGUGACAACUGGGAGUUUAUCAAUGGAUUCUGUUAUAAAUUGUUUGAAGAGAAGAGUAACUGGUUUGACGCGCGAGCUGUUUGUCAGCAGAACAACGGUGACCUAUAUAUCCCAACAUCUCGCAGGAUGAUACAGUCCCUUAGUGACCUCAUUCCCUGUCGCACUCCCGAGGAUAAAGCUUGGUUAGGGAUUUCAGAUACUACCUGGCCUGGACGUUUUGUGGAUACAAACAACAAAACAUUACGAUAUCAAGCAUUUUAUUCCUAUGGAAGAAUUAUUGUAAAUAGAGGUUCCACUUGUGUUUAUUCCAAUCCCAUGUCUAACUUCUACUGGCAAGCUACACUCUGUAGUGAUGAAAACAAAUUCUUAUGUGAGAAAAAAGCAGGAACUUGUCCAGUGGGCUGGCAGAGUUACUUGGACAGCUGUUACCAGCUGAAUGAUAUACGUAGCUUACAAUCCACCUGGUUCAUGGCUAAACAGUACUGCGAGAACCAAAACACAUCACUUCUGAUUAUAGGAAAUUCAGCAGAGGAUAGCUUUGUUAAACAGCUAAUGAACAACCAGAAAGUUACUACAGCUUGGAUUGGUUUUUCCGGUAUGUUGAUCAUUGUGUCUGAAUCCCAGUCUGAUGUGCUGAAGUGGGUGAAUGUGAAACAGUGUUAUCUUGUAUAUAAUGUGAAAAUCUGUGGCAAGGUUCAGGCAGGCUCCUCCUCGUCCUCCUGGUCCAAUGGAUACUGUUUUAUAUCACUGCCGUUUAUAUGUAAAGCUAAAAUGAUAACAAGAAUUACAAACAUAACCAAACCAGCCCAGACCCAUUGUAACAGUGGCUGGUUACAGUAUAAAUCUGACUGUUAUUUAUUUGGGAAUGACUCACUCCAGUCCUGGACCAAUGCCAGACAUGUCUGUUAUAGUUAUGGUGGUGACUCGGACUUAACUACAAUUAGAGAUCCUUAUGAACAGUCCUUUAUCACAGAACAUAUACCUGACAUUGGAACAUCUUGGAUUGGUCUAAAAUAUAGUGCUGAGUAUCAGAAAUUUAGAUGGGUGGAUUCAAGAUUUGUCAAUACCGGGUUUCAGAAUUUUUUCCCUGGUGAGCCUGAUGAUGUAGAUGAUGGUGCGUACUGCAUCAAGAUAAAGUCUGGACGCCAGGAUUUUACCGGGGCCUGGGAUGAUGAGAACUGUACUAGUCCACUGAGUUUUAUAUGUAGAAAAAAAGCAGAACCAGGGGCAGUGUCAACUGUACAGCCAUCAACUACCCCAGCUCCUUGGAAUGCUGCGUGUGGUCAGGGUUGGAUAUCAAACUCACUCAGUAACACAUGUUACAAGGUGGUGCUGGGAAAACCAAAGACAUGGAAUGAAGCAUUGUGGGAUUGCAACCAAAUGAUGGGGACCUUACUCAAUAUAGAAAGUGUUAGAGAGCAACAUUACAUACAAGGAAUUCUGAGUACAGGUGUAUAUGCCAGCAUUCAGUCCAACUUUUGGAUUGGGGGAUCUGAUGCCACAAGGGAGGGUGGCUGGGAAUGGAUCAAUGCUACACUACCCUUCGCUUAUCUCAACUGGCAUCCAGGGGAACCCAAUGAGGCGUUGACGGGGGAGGAUUGUAUGGAGAUGGUCACGUCCUGGGGGUACCAGUGGAACGACAAGCGAUGUGACCACGAACAGCAGUACAUCUGUAAAAAACCAGCCAUAAUACCAACAACUACAGCUGGUGCUCCUACUCCACUCACACCAAAGAGCUGUGUUGGGCAGCCCCUUAUUUCAGGGGACUACAGCGUUCUGGAUGACCGGAUUAUGGCCUCGUCUAUCCACGAUACAGGACACUCUGCUCAGGCCUCCAGGAUAUACCCGGGAAGUAAAGGUGGUUGGAAAGCUCAAACCAGUGCAAAUGGCCAGUUAAUCCAGGUGUCAUUUUAUUACAUGGCCAUCAUCAAGGGUGUGGUCACAAUGGGUCGCUCGGAUGCCCUUGAGUGGGUCACAAGUUACAAGAUUCGUUACCAGUACGACUAUUACUCAGAGUGGAACUGGUAUGAGGAACCGCCAGGAACCGUCAAGGUGUUUACAGGAAACACAGACAAUGUGAACACAGUGAACAAUACAAUACAGUUCCCUAUAGAAGCCAAGGCUAUCAGACUGUACCCAGUCACCUGGCACGGCGCCAUCUCCUUACGCUGGGACAUCCUGGGCUGUAUUGAAGAUUUCUGUAGGGAUGAAUAUGCUGUAAGUGGGCCACUGAUUGUAGAUGACAACAAAAUAACAGUGUCCUCCAUGUCUGACCCAAACCACAGUAACACAGCCGCCCGCCUCCACAGCCUCCAACCCCUAAAGCUGCCCCAGGGCUGGAAGGCAGCGGUAGACGACAGUAAUCAGUGGAUACAGGUGGAUCUGGGAAAAUCCAUGAAAAUCCGCGGAAUCACCACCAUGGGGAGCGCCAUCAGACAAGAGUGGGUCACGUCCUAUAACGUCAUCUACCGCGUUGACACCCAGGAGAACUUCUAUCAGGAACCCUACGGAAACGUGAAGACAAUCCCUGGAAAUGUAAAUAACAAUGACACAGCAACCUACUUUUUCAAACUCCAGUUUGAAGCUCGUUACAUCAAAAUCAUUCCUAUCACAUUCCAUGGAGGAAUCUCUAUGAGAUUUGAUGUUUUAGUUUGCCAACAUGGUUGUAAUGCGGAGCCCCUUAUCAAUGGCAGAAAGAAGCUCCCUGAUGAUUUGAUAAAUGCCUCGUCUUCAGUGGACAAUGACCAUGGCCCGGCACGGAGCCGCCUAAAUCAACCGUCCCAGGGAACAUACGCGGGGGCGUGGGUCCCGCUCUACCAGGACACGCAUCAGUACAUAGAGGCAGAUUUUGGUGUGGGAAUACAGAUUGUUGCUAUAGCAACUCAAGGUCGACAGGAGAGGUCAGAGUGGGUCACCCAGUACACACUGUCUUACUCUGUGGACGGAGCGCAGUGGCUUAUAUACGAUGCUUUCACCAGAGUUCCCAUAAAAUUUGAAGGAAACUUUGAUAGCAACACUGUGAGGAAACACUACUUGAGUAUUCCAAUGAUAGCAAGAAAAAUAAGGUUGUGGCCAACAAACUUCCAUACCAGGAUAGCUCUGCGAUGGGAGAUUUAUGGGUGCCCAGGUGCUGAUUCUGGAACCAGAGUGGGUUGCUAUGCUGACAAUCCCCAUGAUCGAGAUCUGACCUACGAACCAUUUACUGACCCCGCAGUUGGAAUGUGGCCACCCAUGUGUGUCCACCAUUGUUUUAACAAAGGAUAUUACUAUGCUGGUCUGCAAGCCCAGUUCAAGUGUUUUUGUGGUAACUCCUAUGGGAGAUAUGGACCUGCCACGGACUGUAACCUGAGUUGUUUCCCUUUGACGAGAUACCAAUGUGGAGGGAGACAGUCCAGCAUGAUCUACACAACAGGACUCACUCCUGCUAACUCUGUCUGCCUUCCGGACUGGAAGGACUACAACAAUCACUGUUAUCUGAUGAUCCUGAACAAAUACAGCUGGAGUAUGGCCCGGUCCAAGUGUCAGUCCAUGGGGGCGGACCUGGUCACAGUUAACAGUCAGGCGGAGCAGGACAUGGUCUACAGCAUCAUCAGCAGCAACCAGGGAUCCGAUGUUUGGAUAGGCCUGAAUGACCAUCACGAGUCUAGUCUGUUUGAGUGGGUCAGAGGUGACAGGGUCAGGUUCACCAACUGGAACAUCAAUCAACCGCGACAGCCGGGAAACACCAACCAGAAAUGUGUCAUGCUUAAUUCUACAGAUGGGGGCUGGCAGACAGACAAUUGUGACUCUACGUACCAGUUUGUGUGUCAGGCGGACAAGAGACCCUCGGAGAAACCGACCACUACCCCGCAGGUCCAGGGCUGUCAGCCAGGAUGGACGGCCUACCGCUGGUCCUGUUAUUUGGUAUUAGACAUGCCCCGGACUUUUCUGGAUGCCCAGAGGGUUUGCAGGGACAAUAGAGCCACCCUUGUACAGGUCGAUGACAGGUAUGAGCAGUCUUACCUAUCCAGUGUCCUGGGACAGAAAACUGGAAUGUACUGGACCGAUGUGACUGACCUCAGGUCACCCGGCACGUACCGUAACUAUGACAACGGAUACCCGUACCUGACUUACACAAACUGGGGCAACCAGAGACCAGCAAGUGGUACCUCCCGUUGCGUGGCCAUGAACUCGGGGGCCCGUGCGGGGUUGUGGUAUGACAUCCUGUGUAACAUGACCUCGGGGGCGGUCUGUGAGAAACUGAGACUGGGGUUCACAUCUCCCGCCACGCCACCUCCCACAACAGUAGGGGUACCAUGUCCUGACGGCUGGAUCGAAAUCAACAACUACUGCUACCAGGUAAACAAUAUGCCACAAAACAGGAGGGCUUAUUAUGACGAUGCUCAGGCUGACUGUAGAAACCAGGGAGCUAACCUAGCCAGCUUCCAUAGUGCUGCAGAUGCCAGCUCCCUCUGGCGAGGACAACUGGUUGGGGCAACAACUAAUUACUGGAUAGGGUUGGAUGAUAAUCAUAUUGAUGGAAACCAGAAAGUAUACAGAUGGAAGGAUGGAUCGAGUCUGGAUUAUGUGAACUGGGCUGACCAUGAGCCAAACAACUUCCACGGAUCAGAAGAUUGUGUGGAACUAGUUGUCUGGAAUGGAAAGUGGAAUGAUGUGAACUGUUACUCCAAACGAAACUGGAUCUGCAAAAUCCCAAAAGGUUCCAACUCCUAUAAAAUGAGAACCACUCCAUUUGCUCCCUCUGCUGGGCCUCCUGGAAGCUGUGGUUCAGAUGUUGGCUGGGUGUUCUAUAAGAACCACUGUUACCUGAUCUUGGACGGGGCGGGGAACCAGGCCAGGACGUGGCGAGAAGCCCGGCGAUUCUGUCAGACCAAGGGUGGAGAUCUCAUCUCUGUCAACAGUGUAUUGGAGCAGUUCUUUAUUCAGCACCAGGUUAGUCCAAUAAAAAUUAAGGUCUUGAGUGAGGUGGACUUUGGUAUUGGUUAUAAAUGGUCUGAUGGCAGUCCAGUGUCGUUUGUUAACUGGUUUCCAGGAGAACCUAAUGACUUCUUUGGUGCUGAGGAUUGCGUGGAAAUCAGAGUUGCUAAUGGUAAAUGGAAUGAUGAACAUUGUUCCAGCAGACGGGGCUUUGUUUGUGAGAAGAGACUGGGGGCCAACCCUACCAAUCCCGCCCCUCCCAAAAUCCAGGGGAACUGUCCAGGGGGGUACUCAGCUGCCCAAUACAGCAACAAGUGUUACAAGGUGUUCACCAGUCCCAUGUCGUGGUCCAAUGCCUCCAGAUUCUGUAUGGGGCAGGGCCGGGAGAAGUAUUACUUAGCCAGCAUUACCAGUGACCUUGAUAAUACUUUCGUGACAACACAGUUGAGGGGUUUGAAUAUAAGUCCCUGGAUUGGUCUCCGCUUGAGCAAUGGAGUUGUACGCUGGGUCGACAACAAUGAUGUCACGUACACAAACUGGUACAAGGGGGAACCCAAUGGGGGACCAGGAAGUACUAUGUGUGGAAGGAUAUAUGGAUAUCAGCACAAUGCAGGAAGAUGGGAUGAUUUUGGCUGUGACAAUAAGGAACCUUUUAUCUGUGAAACCAUGAGAAAAACCUACAUUACCACACCAGAACCCACACCUAACCCCUGUAAUAGCAAACAAGGAUACAAGCCUUUUGGUAAUGGAUGUUUUAAGUUUGUGUCCAUUCCUAAGUCCUGGCCAGAUGCUCGAGAUGACUGUGCGAGACAGGGGGCCUUCCUCGUGACUAUCUCCAGUGAGUUUGAACAAGCCUUUGUCAGACUCUUAGUGGAUGGUGUUGAAACAUGGACAGGACUUAAUGAUAUCAAGAGCACUGGUACAUUCACCUGGAUGAACACUGUGUGGCCUGUCAUCUACACGGCCUGGGACGCGGGACAGCCCAGCCAACAAACAGGUGCCUGUGUCAGCAUGAACAGCACCUCAGGAAAAUGGCAGACCACUAACUGUACUCAGAGUUUAUCUUAUGUCUGUAAAAUUACAUCAGAUAAUCCCCCAGUAACACCUCCAGCUCCUAACAACCUGUGUUCUGGACAUGACUGGCUCCUAAAUGGAAGCAAAUGUCUGCUGUUCCGCCCCGACGAUUACAGGACAUAUCUUGAUGCGACCCUAGAAUGUCAGAAUCAUGGGGCAUCAUUGGUCUCCAUACACAGCAUGGCACAGAAUCAGUUCCUACUACAAACCAUCCAGGCAAAGUACUCGGUAUCAGUUGAAGGUUUCUGGGCAGGUCUUCACAAGUCUUCAUCAAGUGGUUUUACCUGGUCUGACCAGAGUCCCACAAACUUUGUGAACUGGGACGUUAAUGAGCCUUCAUCAAACGACCAGUGGGGCAAUAAUGAGAACUGUAUGGAGAUACAUUCCUGGAAUGGUAAAUGGAAUGACCUGGACUGUACACAGAAACGGGGCUAUGUCUGUCAGCGAAACCCAGUAUCAGAUGUUAAUCCCCAUACUCCGCCACAGCCCUCUAACUCAACCUUUCCUUCUCCGAGUGGUACUCUGGCACCACCAACUCCACCACUCACACCCCCGACUCAGGGACCCAAAGGAUCUAGUUCAACACCCCAGGGAUCCGGAAAACCAACAAUAAAUGGACAGACAAAGAUACCAACUCCCCCACCCUACACGGGACCUAGUGUCACAGGUGCAUCAAAAGGCAGUGGUGGAUCCUCCGCUCUGAGUGGUGGGGGUAUAGCAGGAAUCCUGAUUGCAGCAAUCAUUAUAGCUGUCAUUGUAAUAGCAGUUCUCGUCAUCUUCAAACGAAAACAGCAAGAGGGAGGUGGAUCUCUCAGCUUUGAGAACACAACAUAUAUAUACGAGAAAGGGCAGGAGAACGGGAAGUUACAUCUAAAUCACCAGGAGACAGAUUCAAAAGAUGAAUGUUAAAUCUUAGGGUGAAAACUU